CUUUUCUAUUCUAUUUCUUACGUAAUAAUUAUAUAGAUUAGUAUAAAGAACUAUGGAUUGCAGAAUAGAGAGUGCCGAAACUCACAGGAAUAAGUGUGCAGCAUGCUUCCGACAGUUCAACAAACUGGAGCAUCUUGUGGAGCACAUGAGGAUCUCAUACCAUUCGGUUCAUGAACCAACCUGUGGCAUUUGCAGGAAACACUGCAGGUCUUUUGAGUCUCUCAGGGAACAUCUUAUAGGUCCAUUGCCAAAACAGGAAUGCAGAGAUAUAUUUUCCUAUAGAGGGUGCAAGUUUUGUUUGAAAGUCUUUGAAAGCCCUAACUCUCGCAGGAUCCACCAAGAAAAAUGCCAACUCUCUGGAACAAAUGCUGGAAUAAUUGGUCGCUUUUCAAACUUGGGACUUCGUGAUAAUUUGGCUAUUGGUGGUGGAGCAAGAGGACCACAAGUAGUUGCUCUAGCAUGUAAAAUGGUUGGAGGCGGCAGUGAUGGCUCACUUGAUCUCUGUGCAAGAGUUUGCUUAAUCGAUGAACAUGAGAACAUAAUAUUCCAUUCUUAUGUGAAGCCACCAAUUCCUGUCGCAAACUACAGGUAUGAGACAACAGGCAUCACACCAGAAUAUCUUAGGGAUGCAAUGCCAAUGAGACAUGUUCAGAGGAGGAUUCAUGACUUCCUUUGCAAUGGUGAACCUAUGUGGACAAUUCGAGCAAGAGGUGGAAGAGCCAGGAUUCUUGUGGGUCAUGGUUUGGAUCAUGACCUUGAAAGUUUGCAAAUAGAAUAUCGAGCUGAAAAAAUAAGGGACACUGCAAAAUACCCUCCACUGAUGAAAACAAGCAAGCUGAGCAACUCACUCAAGUACUUAACACAGGCAUAUCUUGGGUAUGACAUUCAAACUGGGAUUCAGGAUCCUUAUGAGGAUUGUAUUGCAACGAUGAGGCUCUACAUGAGAAUGAGAUCUCAAGCACAUAGAGUACAGGAAUACCCUUUGGCGUCUGACCCUCAGAACAGGAAUAAUUUUGCUUCAUGGAGGCAAAGUGAGAUUGAAAGAAUGAGUCCUGAACAAAUGCUAGAAAUUUCAAGGUCUGACUACUACUGCUGGUGCUUGGAUUCCUUGUAUUGAUCCCUGAAUGGUGAAAGCCAAGUACACCAAUCAGAAAGCCCAUGAACAUCAGGGAAUUGAUCAGUACACUACUAAUUUAACCGAUACAAAUAUCUAGUAUGCAAAAAUAAAGUACACCAAACAGUUGUCUCUUUUUUACUAGUCAAUAAUUUCUUAUUUUAUAAAUAAUACUCAACUUAAGCAGUAGCUUACGCUACUACCAUAGCUAGCACCCAGUGAUUAAGGUACGUUCAUGUUAUGUGUAUGAAUAUAUUUGACGAAUACAAAGAAUAAGCGCUCAUAUGUUAUGCGUGAAUUCUAUUAAA